GGGGUUUCCUGGUUUAUUUAGGAAAUCCUUUACGGAACUCUUCAUCUACGGUGAAUGUGGCACGAUAUUGACUUCGGCCUCGUCUCGUUUAAUCUUUCUCGUUAAUCUUCCAUACCGAUCACGAGAGUUACGCCAAGCUACGCCGCCUUUGACGUCCACGAACCCCCGCUCUGCAUUUACAACCACCGUCCCAACCUGUCAACAGGAGCCUGUCCCUCCGUCUGCACCCCACACUUCCGACGUCGCCGCCUCCGUCUCCGUCGAGCUUAUUGCGACCACUUGGCCACUUUACCUGCCCUAUGUGCGCCGCUUACGCAUGCCCAUAGAACCAAUCGAGCUCAUGCCCGGCCCCCCGAGGCUCGGUUACCGUUGGUUUAUUCGUGCUACGUACUUGAACUAGAUCUCCGACUUCUUCCACCAUGAAGUCCGAGUCUGCCAGCAGACUCUUUUACCUUUCCUUGUUCGCACUUUGGGCUUCUCCUGGCCAAUGCGAUCGUGCCCAAGAUGAUUGUGCGAUAUCCCCCAAGGCGAUCGUCUCUGACGCCUGCGCGUCCUAUGCCACCCUCGACAAGCUCAAUGGCGUCGUCAAACCCGCCCUCGAUGACCUGACCACAACGACCGACUUCUUCUCCCACUACCGCCUCAACCUCUUCAACAAAAAAUGCCCCUUCUGGGACGACGAGAACGGCAUGUGCGGCAAUAUUGCCUGCGCCGUCGAGACGCUCGAUAACGAGGAGGACAUACCCGAGGUAUGGCGGUCUAGCGAGCUUGGCAAGCUCGAAGGUCCUGUGGCCAAGCAUCCCGGCCGCCGGGUGCAAAAGACCGACCGCCCUCUCCAGGACGGUCUGGGCGCCGAUGUGGGGGAGAGCUGCGUCUUCGAGUACGACGACGAAUGCGACGAGCGCGACUACUGCGUUCCCGAGGACGAGAGCGCCGCCUCCAAGGGCGACUACGUGAGCCUGCUCCGCAACCCGGAGCGCUUCACCGGCUACUCAGGCUUCGGUGCUUCCCAAAUCUGGGACGCCAUCUACCGCGAGAACUGUUUCCAGAGGAGCUCCUUCCCUCAUUCGGCCGCUCUCGGCCAGUCCUCCAACGGGGCCCCCUUUGGUGGCCCCGCCGUCGAGGACCUGAAGCAGGUCCUCGAGGCCGCGGGCCGUCAGCAAGUCCUCGAGCAGAUGCGCGAGACCCAUCCCAACGCCCCCUUCGUGGCACAGACCGGACUCGAGGCCCAAGACGAGUGUCUGGAGAAACGCGUGUUCUACCGCGUCAUCUCGGGCAUGCACGCCAGCAUCAGCACCCACCUCUGCUGGGACUUCCUCAACCAGACCACCGGCCAGUGGCAGCCCAACCUGGCCUGCUACGUGUCGCGGCUGCACAGCCACCCGGACCGCAUCAGCAACCUCUACUUCAACUACGCCCUGGUGGCCCGCGCCGUGGCCAAGCUGGGCCCUUACCUCCAGGGCGAGGGGGGUAGCGAGCGCUAUACCUUCUGCACGGGCGACCCGUCGCAGGACGCCGACACGCGGGCCAAGGUGCUGGCGGUGACGGAGGGCGCGGCGUCGGAGCCGCGGCUCUUCGACGAGAGCCUCAUGUUCAAAAACGGCGAGGGCCCGUCGCUGAAGGAGGAUUUCCGGAACCGCUUCCGCAACGUGAGCCGCGUCAUGGACUGCGUCGGCUGCGACAAGUGCCGCCUCUGGGGCAAGCUGCAGACGGCGGGCUACGGGACGGCGCUCAAGAUCCUGUUCGAGUUUGGUGGCGACGCCGACGCCGACGGCGAUGGCGGUGGCGGUGAGGUCGAUGUGCCGCGUCUCAAGCGCACCGAGCUUGUCGCUCUUUUUAACACGUAUGCGCGCAUCAGUGGCUCGCUUGCCGCCAUUGGGAAGUUCCGCGCCAUGUAUGAAGCCCAAGAGGCCUCUGCCGCUGCGGCUGCGGCUGCGCCGGUUCCGAUUGAAGCGUCGACACGUGUGGCAUCUUUAGAAGCGUCGUCGAGUCUGUUGUCAUCAACUCCCCACUCGGCGGCGGGGAGGGCAAAGAAAACGAGCGACGGUCAUGGUGGAGAUGGAGAUGGAGAGGACGAAAAGGAAAAAGAAGAAGGGGAAGAAGCCCCUGAUGACACGAAAGAGGUAGAAGAUCCACCUCGGAUCACGCGCCGGAGGCGAAGGCUGAGGGGCGACGAGAGCUGGUCAGAGAUAUGGCGGGUGUCGUGGGAGAAUGAAUUCGGGCUGGCCACGCGGGCCACCAAGCUCGUCCUACGCCAAUGGGUCCGGUUCCCUCUGACGCUCUGGGAAAUCAUUUCGACUGAAGCCACCCGUCUGGGCCAGUACUGGCUCGGUCUACCUAUGAUGCCACGGACAUGGAAGAUUGAGCGACCCAACUUGGACGAGCUGUAAAUUUUGAGGCGUCAACACUACAUUGAGACGUAGAGAGACCAUGCGAUAAAAAGGUCUCGAAGAGAGAAGAAGAAGAAAGGAGACGAAGUAUAUAUAUGUAUGUAUAUAGGAUACCAUCCCAUAGCACGGGAGGCAUUCGCAUCUAAGGAGUCACGGAACUACUCUAGGGGGAGAGAUGAGUCCCUUUCACCGUGAGAAGCCACGAUGGCCUUCUCUUUACAACCGCAUUGUCGGUAUUGCAUGGCUAGGGUGGUCACUUCUGGACCCAAAAGAAAGAACAACAAAAUGCAUCAGGAGUUCGGAUUGGAGGCCUGGAAUACAUUACGUAUAUCCUUUCUCAAGUCAGCACACAGGCAGGAGUUUUUGCAUCUAGUGAUACACAGAGACUGAAAUGAGGAC